AUGUCAAGCAACUCUGAUGAAGUUGAGGAGGUCCAAGGAGCGAAGGUCGACUCCGAACCGGGGACCACCGACUCAGGGCCCGGGGACUCUGAAGGUCCCUUUGAGGCUAUACCGCUUAACCCCUCGACCCAGAGAACUGUGGGUCCAAGGACUGAAAGUCGAGGCAGGAGACUGAAGAGGGCAGUUAGAGAUCCUGCAGGACAGUCGAAGACAAGUCCAUCGGGAGGCAGACCAAAGCCAUUGGUCCCUGGGGGCUCGGUUCUGGUCGAGUCCGAGAUGGCUCAGAUUCGCGAAGACUACCAAAUCCCAGACUCGGUAGGAAUGGAAGCAGGCGGCUCGAAAAGAAAGAGGCUGGUGGUACCGUGCCCUUCGAUGAGCAUGGUCCUCGCUAAUGAGCCAAGGACCAAGAUGACAGGGAAGAAGAGAAAGGCUUCUGAAGCCGGGCCUGCCUCGGCAGAAGCUGCAUCUGCCCCAGCCGAAGCUGUGCCCACUCCAGCCCUAACCCCUGCCCUUGAAGCGCAAUCCCCAAAGGCCCCCGUCGGAGCCGAGCUUAUCAUCAUCUCGACUCCGACUCCGGAGGGGCAAGCCUCCGAGGUUCCACCCACACUCCCUGCUGGCCCCCUUGGAUAG